AUGUAUCGUUACACUAAUGUGUUGAAAAAACCCCGUACUAGUAGGGCAAUGCAAAUAAAUGAAUCUAUUAGUAAAAGUAAAUUUUAUACACAACAAAUGUAUGAAACAAUAAACAAAGAUAACCCACAUUCAUACGAGUUACAAGGACCGGUAAUGCAAUGUAAGUCGUAUGAAGAUAACGAGAUAAUUGAAAACAAAAUUAUGCUAAGUAAAGAAAUAGCAGGUACAAGUAAAUUAAAUACAGGUACUAAAUUGCCAAAAAAUACUCACAAAUUCGUAAUCAUAGAUUUCGAAUUCACCAACAUCCACAAGACUAGUAUGGUACUGAUAUCAGGUGCUAUCUCAAAUAGUCUGGACCGUUUUAAAAUAAGAAAAUUGGAAGGAAGACCGUUAUAUUUACCAAAAGACCAGGAAAUAAGACCAAUGAGAGACAAGGAAAUAUUAGUGGCCCGAACAGCCUUAGCACGAAUCUUUAGGACAAAAACGGAGAUGAGAGACAUCUGUAUAGAUCAACUCAAUCAAAGUUUGAAAGCACCAGUAAAUAGCCUAAAUGUAACAUACAUAAGGAACUAUAUAAUGCGAGACAACAAGAUUAAUAUAAUAGUAGCAUGGGGCGGGAGUUCGGACAAAAUCAUACUAAAAAGGUUAGGAUUAACAGAAUUUCCAUUAUUAAAUUUGCGUUGUUACUACAAACAUUUAAAUCAACAAUUCUAUUUACAACUAGAAAGAGUAGAACCUAAGGAACUAAUUUUCGAAGUAGAAGUAUGGUAUUAUGAUAAAUCGGGAAGGAUACUUAACCUUACCGAAGGUCAUAAUUUAAUAUGUAAAAAGAAACAUAAAGUAACUCAUGCCCACGAUCCACGCACAGAUGUCAUAUACACAAAAUGUAUUUUCGACUAUGUGGUUAGGAUAUACAAAUAUGAAAAUCUAAUUAGUCAUUUUCCUGGUUAACAAAAGGAAUUAUUUUACAGUUUUUAACAUAAGUACAUUUGAAGUUUGAUUGAAGCAUGGUUACUCGACCUUUAGUAAAACGGUAACCAUGUGACAUAAAAAUGAAUAUUACUUAUUGUUGUUAUAGUAAUUUAACUAAGCACACUUAUUAUUAUAUUGGUCAAUAAUGCUA